GCUUCGUCACAUGUCUGAGCGCCACAUUUAAGCUACAGUGAGCUAAAGCAAAACAAUAACACAUUUAGCACUGAAGUCGGGUUUAUUCCUGUAUGCUAUCGCGCUGAUAAACUGUCAUCUUUAUUUCAAAGAAAACAUGGCUGUUGAAUAAUAGACGGUUUGUUUGUUUAUCGGUUUGUUUGUUUGUUUUCCUUCCUUCCUUCCUUCUCCCUCCCCCAGAAACUGAUUUUAUUAGCCAAAAAAUGCAAAAUGUCGGGACUGAUGAAUGUAAACAUGCACAUGAAUAAUAAUGUUCAACCACAGAGGUAGCAAGAGCUGGAAUCUGGUGAGUUAUUAUUGGUAAAUAACAUCUGGUUCCAGCUGUGAGUGUGAUAUCCAGCUAAAAAGAUCUUCAUCUUCAUCAUCAGAAUCUGACUGCAGACCCAGAGACCUUCCUCCCUCCUGAAGAGUUUACUUUAACACCAAUGACAUCCUGGAGAUUUGCCUGAACUCAAGUGUGGGGAUGAUGAUGAUGAUGAUGUGGUGAGUAAAAAUGAGCCGUGCAAAUCAGAAGACAUUAUUUCAGACAUGGGGUUCAGUUGUUCCUAAGACGACCUUUUCGGGUAAAGAGCCUGGGAAAACGUUACCCCAGAAGCAAAGAGCGAGUGUGAACAGCCAGGUAAAGGCGAAGAAAAAGGAAAGCGACGAUGCAGUGCCUUCACUUUGGGCUGGAGUUGGUCAGGGGGCUGCAGUCCCCCAGGCAUCGAGGCAGGAGAUGGACAUGGACAUGGAGAUGGAUGAAGUUGAUGAUGAUUUGAUCCUCGUAGCUGUAUAUGAGGCUGAAAAAAGUUUGCAAAACCAACCUGAUGUAUCUACUCAUACCUCAAUCAAAGAUUCUGCAGAUGAUUGCUCGGAUCUUCCAGGCUUCGACGGUUUCUCAGGACGGACAUGGAUCUAUCCGACCAACUUCCCGAUCAGAGAUUAUCAGCUGAAGAUCUCAGAAGCAGCCCUGUUCCAAAACACGCUGGUGUGCUUGCCCACUGGCCUGGGUAAAACCUUCAUAGCGGCAGUGGUGAUGUAUAACUUCUACCGGUGGUAUCCUGCUGGGAAGAUCGUCUUCCUGGCUCCCACGAAGCCCCUCGUGGCUCAGCAGAUUGAAGCAUGUUCCAGAGUGAUGGGGAUUCCUCAGCAGCACAUGGCUGAGCUGACAGGAAGCACUCCAGCUCUACAGAGGAAGGAGCUGUGGCAAUCCAGGCAGGUUUUCUUCCUCACGCCACAGGUCAUGGUGAAUGAUUUGUCUCGAAACACGUGUCCUGCUCCUCAGAUCAAGUGUGUGGUUAUUGAUGAAGCUCACAAGGCAUCGGGGAAUCAUGCGUAUUGUCAGGUGGUGCGGGAAUUAUGGAACCAGACGAAGCAGUUCCGUGUCCUGGCUCUCAGCGCUACGCCUGGAGCAGACAUGAAGGCAGUACAGCAAGUCAUCUCCAACCUGCUGAUCUCGCACAUCGAGCUGCGCUCAGAGGAGAGUCCAGACGUUCAGGCCCACUCUCAUCAGCGCAGUGUGGACAAGAUCGUUGUCCCUUUAGGAGAGUCACUCACUGGAUACCAGUCUCGCUAUUUACAGGUUUUGGAAAGGUUUACAUCCCGUCUCAUCCAGAUGAGGGUGCUUAACCAGCGGGACCUUCGCUCCCUCACGAAGUACCAGCUCAUUCUGGCACGAGAGCAGUUCAGACGCAACCCUCCAUCACAUCUCAUGAGAGCACAGCACGGUGCACUGGAGGGGGAUUUCGCUCUGUGUAUCAGCCUCUACCAUGGUUAUGAGCUCCUGCAGCAGAUGGGCCUCAGAUCUCUCUUCCAUUUCACACACAACAUUAUGUCAGGCUCUAAAGAGUCUUCACGGGCCAGAAAUGAGCUUCAGCGCAGCCCUGUGUUCAUGGAUCUGUACAGGGAAAUGGAGGCCAUGUUUCUCAGCACGACCAAAGGGCCUGAGGAGCAGUAUUUCUACAGCCAUCCAAAACUUCAGAAACUGGACGAGGUCAUCCAACAGCAUUUCAGUACCUGGGUGAAGAGAUCAGGCUCGGAAGCAGAGAGUACAAGAGUGAUGAUCUUCUCAUCGUUUCGUGAGAGUGUUCAGGAGAUCGCUGAGAUGCUUAACCGCCACCAGCCCCUUGUCAGGGUCAUGACCUUCAUGGGGCAAGCAUCAGCUGGGAAAGGGGUGCGAGGGUUCACUCAGAAGGAGCAGCUUGAGGUGGUGCGGAGGUUCCGAGAGGGUGGUUUUAACACCUUGGUCUCUACUUGUGUGGGUGAAGAGGGUCUCGACAUUGGAGAGGUAGAUCUAAUUGUCUGCUUCGAUGCUCAGAAAAGUCCCAUCCGUCUGGUACAGCGAAUGGGUCGAACUGGGCGCCACAGACGGGGACACAUCGUGGUCAUACUGGCUGAAGGACGAGAAGAGCGGAUCUAUAACCAGAGCCAGAGUAACAGGCGCAGUGUCAAUAAAUGCAUCAUGGGAAACAAGCAAAGCUUCUUCCUGUUCCCCCACAGCCCCCGCAUGCUGCCUGCUGGGGUCACACCCACCCUGCACAAGAUGCAUAUUACCUGUGGCCAGUUUGAGCCCAAAGAGAGCAGCAAGCGUUCCAGCAAAAGUCGACAGUCGCUCAACAUGAGGAGACUGUCUCUUCUCAGCCCUGAGGCCCAAGUGGAUGGUGUGCAGGGGCAUGUGAAGGAGGAUGGCUUUCUCACCCCUGCUGAAGAGGCUGAGUGGUCAUCUACCAUCAAGUUGGGUGAGAAUGAAGCCCAGCCCAGACUCAAGCGCUCCUCUUUCCUGUGCUUUGACAAAGAGCCACAACGACAGGAUGAGCAUGUGACAGGCCCAGUGAGAGAUUUGUCUCUUUGGGAAUGGAGACACUGGCAGAAUCAGCCUCUUCCAACACACAGAGUGGACCACUCAAAUCGCUGCCUCCAUUUCACCGCCAUCAUGGAACUCAUUGACCAGAUGAGACAGGAGAAGGAGAGUGGCUGCAGAUAUGAAUCUGAGGUUAAAGCAUAUCUACAAAAGGAGGAUGUUGUUGGUUGUGAGGCAGAUGGCACAACAGCGAAAGCUACAUGCAAAAAAAAGCCUCAGCAGAAAAGAUCUAACCCGAGACUUGUUGAUCGAGAUGCCAGCCGUUGUGUCUCAAAAACUAACUUGGAUAAGAAGAACCAAGCAGAACCUCCUUCACUGACUUUAUUAAAAGACCGAGUGUCUUCCGAGUCCAAUUGUGUUACCACUAAAGAAGGUUUAAGUGUGUUUCAGUGCAACUAUGAUAACCGUGCAAAUAAUGAUAAUGCCAUGCAGACUGAAGUAACUGAGCACUCUGAGACUAAACUCUCACGGAAAGAUGAGCAGCCACACAGUUCUCCUGAACUUGAGACAAACCCUGAUACUUCCCUCAAACCUGUUGAGGAAAUGUUCUAUUUACCCAAAUGGGAUGUCUUUCAAAAACUCCACAGUUUCAGUGAAUCUACUGGAAGCUUGGAAAUGAUUCUAUCCAAUGUCAAGCACCUUCUGUCUAGAUCUCCACCUGAAUGUCUUGAUCUGCAUUGCUCAUUAAGCCUCAAUGAGCCUGCUCACUUUGAUGAAGCGGAUGAGCUCUGCAGUGGUCUGAGAGAAGAGGUUGAUCAUUUCCAAGUCAAUUUCGAUCUUGAUGAACAUGAGAAUUCAUUCGACUCUGACUUUGUGGACUGUAGUAGAGCUGGAGCUCCUCCUGAAUCUGUCAAGUUGCCUAGUGAGACCGUUUCUGCUGCUCCGGACAGUGCUGCCAACAGCCCGAGCUGGGAUGAGGUUUUUGAUGACGUUGUGGAUGAUGGGGCAGAUAAAAACACUAAUCUACCGUUGGAGUCUAAAGUUCAGCUCACUAGCUUAGAUGACAGUAUUGACUUAUUUGAUGAUGAUGAGGCUUUCCAGCUCGUAUCGUUACCGACCACUGAGACCCCAAACAAAGACACUAUAAUUCCCAUCAACACACAGGACACUGACCAAAGGAAAGAGGUCACACAAAAUGUCAAAGAUGCAUCAAAUAAUUUUAAUGCUAAAGAGUCUUCGAUACUGUUAGAAUCCAAACCACCAUCUGAGCAGAGGUCUGAGGCUUUCGAUUAUUCUCAGGGCAUUUUUUCUGUCAAUUUUGACCUCGGGCUUUCUUUUGACUCUGAACAGGAGGAAACUGUAGAACCAGUGUCUGACACGACCAAAGAACCCACAGCUGAUAGAGAGCAGACGCUCACCUCACUAACCCUGAACAAACCUAAUACAUCUUCCAACCGCUUCACUCUUGGACAAAUGUCAACCCCCAGGGUGUCUCCAAUGAGCAAAAAGCUACCCUGUGUCAUAGCCAAGAGUAACCUGUCGCCCAUCAUCACUGAGCGAGAGAGUUUGGUAAGACCAAAUGCUUCUACCCCGACUCUGGCAUUUGUGUCUCCAAAAAGCAGAAAUCUAGAACUCUGUCCUAAAGUAUUGAGCUCACAAACACAGCCACGUGGAUUGUGUCGCAGGUCUUUGCUUGAUGGAAGGAAACCUGUUUAUGAAGAUCGUGCUUGUUCAGUGAACAGUGAUAGCGACGAGGAAGCAGUCAUUCGAAAACCACGGCGUCAAUUAAGAGCCAAUCCCCUGUCAUCUCCAGAGCAAUCAAAAGUCAGCGAUGUUGAGUCUCCCAUCGCGGCGCCUAGAAAGCGUGUCGCUCGAUUGAAUAUGUCUGAGGAGAGCGACGGGGAAGCUGUGUCCGAUGAUGACUUUAAACAAGACUCAGUUUCUUGGCCCAAAGGCUUUCAGCCCUGUAAACGUUCACAUCCUCUUCAGUUGAAAUCGAAGAAGGCAGUGCACAGAGAUGGGCGACAGUUCCUGGACGAAGAGGCGGAGCUGUCUGAAGAUGGAGGCUCUGUUUCUUCCGAUGAAUGUGAUGGAAAAGAACUGGACAAGUCUUUGGAAGGUUUUGUAGUGGACACCACUCAGUGUUCUCAAGGCCUUAAUGAUUCUGAGAUGCAUGGAAUUUAUCUGAAAUCUGUAAAGACCCCUGCCAUUUCAAGCAAAUUCAGAAUGGUGCAUAGACCUGUGCAUCAUAUAAACGUAUUCUCACAGAUCCCUGAGCAGGAUGAGAUGUAUGAAGAGGACAGUUUUGUGGUCAAUGGCAGUGAAGCUGAGGAAGACUUUGGUAGUGCUUCUGAAGAAGAAGAAGAGGAGGCCGGCGCAGAGAUUGUCCCUGAAGACUCGUAUGUCGAUGGGAGACGACAGUAUGCCACACGGCGCAGAGUUCAUCUCAGACAAACCAGGACUGCUGUAGAGACGAGAAGCUUCCAAUCCAGAAAAGCCAAACGCUCCAGAAUCGUCCAAGUGGAGGAAUCGAGUGAAGAGGAAGAAGAGAAGGAUGAGCAGAAGAGGAAGAUGCUCCAUGCUGAGGAGGCGCCUGUUUCAGGUGGUGCAGCUGGGACAGUUUUAAAUCCGUCACCUCGGACACGAGCAGGUGGAGAGAAGAGCAGGAAGGAUGACGUGCAGCAGAAACAGGAAAGGGACAAACGGGGGUUCAGUAACCACGCCCUGCUGUCUGAAGAGGUGGACUUUCAGGAACCUCUGUCCACCUCGGGUGUUAAAACACAGGCAGGUACGAGUCCUCCUCUGAUUGCAGAAAAUGGUUCUGGUACCACGACCGACCCGACCCCAGCUUGCGUGUGUGUGCUAGUGGACAGCCGUUGCAUCAGCACUGGUGCAGACGUGGUGUCGUCCCUGCGACUAAAACAUGGCGCAGCUGUGCACAUCUGUUCUCUGGUCAGCUGUGAUUUCAUCGUAAGUAACCGUAUGGCUGUCGAGUGGCAGAGCGAGUCGGAGUUGGCCAGUCCCCAGAGUCGCAGGCAGCUGCAGGAGAGGAUGCAGAGCUUACAGGCCUUAUUUGACCGGGUGUGUCUCUUGGUGGAGAAAGACCGCACUAAACCGGGAGAGCUGCUGCGUUCGUUACAGCGCAGCCGUUAUUACGACAGUACUGUGGCUGCGCUGGUGAGAGCAGGGGUCAGACUUCUGUUUAGCAUGGGUCCGGACCACACCGCCACACUGCUGGCCCAACUGGCACAGCUGGAGCAGAGGAAAGGCCAGGCCAUCAGCGUCCCUGUGGAGGUCCGAGGUCGUCGUCAGCAGGCACUGCAGUUUUACCUCACGCUGCCAUGUGUGAGCUAUGUCAAUGCCCUUUACAUGUGUGACAGGUUCUACUCCGUGGCACACCUGGUCAACAGUUCUGUGGACACACUGCAGGCAGGUAUACGUGUGAGCCGCUCCAGAGCGGAGGAGAUUUACCGCUGCCUGCGUUACUCAUGUGACACCACACUGAUGAGAAGCAGCACCUCGAAGAAUAACCUUUCAGCAUGAUGCUUGUCUGCGCACGCACCAGAAAUACACGUUACUCUUUCAAUGCACUUUAGACAUUCUGAACUAUUGUCAUAAAUAAGUCCUCAUUUUUAUAAACACGCUACUUGAAUAAUUUUGUUUAUUUAUAUAUACAUAAUAUGGAAAUUUGUUUGUGGACCAAAUAAUGAACAUUUUUGUUGAUUGGUGCCGUAUAUAGGAAU